AUAACAAGGGAAUUGUGAAAAAUAUUCAAACUCGUGUUACGUCCCCAAAUCCCCCAAAAAUCACAAAAAUCAUCAAAAUCCGUCAUCAAAUUGCUCGAAAACCGCGAGAAAAACGAAAUUUUUAUCGUUGACGGAAAAACUCGAAUUUGAACCCGUCAACUGCUCAACCCGAGAGAAAAGCAAUAAUAUGGAGUACAAGGAAGCUGUGAACAACCUUAUCAAGCACAAUUUGCGCACAAAAAUCGUGAGAUGCCAAAAUGCCCUCAGAUUCUACAUUCACAUGCAUCAGCAAAAUGUGGAAAAGAUGCAACAAGCUGCCAACGCCGAUGCCAAGAAAGCCAUCGUUUGGGCGGAACAGCAAAUGGUCGAGGUGCAGGAGGAGCAACGCAAAGUCCUGAAGGAAGUUGAGACGAUUCUCGAGGAGUAUGCGAAGAAAAUGUCGAAACGUGGAAAGAAAUUCGACUCGGAGUACCUGUAUGGCGCAGCAAAUCGCUUAAUUUCGGUCGAAUUGGAACGCGCGGUGGCCAAAGCGCGUUCCAAGGGCGGCAGUGACAUGCGAAAAAGCUCCGGAAGUGGUUCGGCGAAGCGAAAACGUGUCUCGUUGCUGAAAACGGGCGCUGUUAAAAGUCCCCUCGAGCCAUUUUCGCUCAUCCGGAACCUCAAAGAGCUGCCAUCCGUGAUAAAUUCGAAGCGAGAAGCGCCCGCCGUGAUACCACUGAAGGAUUUGAAGAAGAAACCGCCGCCACCGAAGAGCAACCAGAUCAAAAAUAGUCGCAUGAAUUUGCUGGAAGCGCUGAAAAAGGCACGCGAAACGAACGAAGUCCCGAUUGAGAUUUACGACAGUUCCGAAGAUUCCGUGCAAAUGCUCGAAAAUGCCUCGGAAGAUGAUAAAAUUGGCAUAACUCCACUUUCGGACGACGAAAAUCGCAGUGGGAAUGAUGAAGAUGACGACGAAAAACUGCCGCCUGCCAUUGAAAAAGAUUUUGAAUUUGUCGGAACGAUCGAGGAGAUACCGGAUGACGAGGAAAUUGACGAAGAAAUCGAGCUGCCGGCACCAAAAAAGUCUCGCAAGGGUCCCAAUUCGGAAAGUUCGUCAGAAAAAUCAUCACGACGCUCCUCGGACUUUGAAGAUUUGAUUGUCGGCCAACCAGAUGAGUCCCUGGAAGACUUGGGACAGGAGCGUUUCCUCAAAUAUUUCGGACUUUUCACCGCCGAACAGAUCGAUCAACUAAAAACGCGUCGAGUUUCACGACGACGGCGAAAUUGCACGAGUAACGUGCGCAAAGACUUCCAUUACGGACAAUUUGACGUGAAUUACGUGCCCGUCAAGAACAACAAACCCGUUUUAUAUUCGCCCGUGGAUCGAAUUUCGCGUUAUCCAAAAAGGAAACAGCAACUGGACCCACUUGCAGUGCCCCCAAUUGUCGGACCACCCUCGAAAAUUAUCAUUGCAGUGCCACCAACGCAACCAGCAAGUCGCCGAUCCAUCGGAAAUAUCGUCGAAGCAGCAAUUUACAAAGACAUGAAGACCUGUGUGGCAUGCCAGACCAUUAGUGAUGUCGAAACGAUGAAUGCGUGUCUCUUGUGUUACAAUUUCUACCAUUUGCAGUGCCACACGAUGGAUCGCGAGUUGCGGGAACGCGAGAAUUUGUGUCCGGAUUGCUUGCGACAAGGUCUCGAGAAGAAAAAGAGACGAAUGGAGCUCAAAAAACGCUUGAAUUUCCAGGUUUUGCAAGCGAAUCACAAAGCAAGUGUCGCUGCUUCGAUGAAAAAUCGACAUGAACUCCAAACUUAGAGACAACAAAAAAAUAUUGAAAAUUUCACUAGAAUUAGCUCAUUUUAUAGAUACGUUUAAAAAAUUUAGUUCGUAAG